CUAUAGUAUAGUUUGGUUGUAUAGUUUUCCAGCGGAGCUCAGUCAAUGCAGCUCGUCUGAAAGGUUCGCACAAGUGAAGAAAAUAUUCGGUAAAACAUGCUGGAACACAUUUUCACAAAGGAUGAUUUAGGGAACAAUCGCCUAAAUAGUCCCAAUACUCCGAUGGGAUUGUUUUUUCGCGGAAAAACAGUUCUUCUUACCGGGGGCACUGGUUUCCUGGGUAAAUUGUUUAUUGAAAAAUUGUUACGGUGCGAUGUGCGCGAAAUUAUUCUGCUGAUUCGUAGUAAACGGGACCGAACUCCGCGGGAGCGGCUGCGGAAACAGUUGGAGCGAGAAGCCAUUUAUGUAAGCUACACGAAAGACCCAGACUACUAUUGGGACCGACUGCGAAUCAUGGAGGGUGCACUGCAGCACAGCGAACUUGGCCUCGCGGAGGUGGAUCUCGACUAUCUACGGAACAACGUAGAUAUUGUGAUUCAUUCGGCCGCGGAUGUGCGGUUUGAUGUUUCCUUCAAAACCUCCAUCAAAACGAACGUUUUCGGUGCUAAUGAACUGCUCCAAAUCGCGCUGGGGAUGAAAAAACUGGUAUCCUUUCUGUACAUUUCAACCGCUUACGCUAACUGCACCCAGGAUGUGGUAGAGGAAAAGUUCUACGAUAUGGAUGUGGAUCCGAUGAUGUUGGUUCGAUUGGUCGAUCUGGCAGACGAGCACGAGUUGAAUGCACUGACGAAGAAGAUCUCCCAACCCUGGCCAAAUACGUACACCUUUGCCAAGGCACUGGCGGAAAGUGUGAUCCGUAGCUACUGUGGACGAUUGCCGGUGGCGGUGAUAAGACCGUCUAUUGUAAUAUCAACCGUGGAGGAUCCGAUUGAAGGUUGGACUGACAACGUGUACGGCCUGAAUGGCGUUCUGGUCGGAUUCGGCAGUGGAGUUCUGCAUGUUCUGCACGUUAACACCCAUUACCACAUCGAUAUCGUUCCGGCCGAUUUCGUGGUAAACUCCAGCCUAGCCGUUGUAUGGUACACCACGAAACAUCGAAACCAAAACGCGAUAUCGUGUGAAAACGUGUUCAACUGUACGACUCGAUCCGAUAACCCGUUUGUAUUCGGGGACGUGUAUAAGUACUCACGGAUGUACAAAGAGGAAAUCCCAGCAGUGCAAACGCUGUGGUAUCCGACAUGUACCUUGACGAGUUCGGCUACUAAAAACUACAUCCUGCAAUUAUUUUAUCACUUCCUGCCGGCAAUGAUCUUUGAUCUGGUGGCCAGAUUGAACGGGAUAGAACCGAAAGUUUUGUUCCUGUACCGCAAAGUGCGGCAAUUCAGCGAUGUCAUCACGUUCUUCACCACCAACGAGUGGAUUUUCCUCAAUGACAAAAUGCGCAAGGUUCACGAUAGCAUGCUACAGGAAGAUAGGGAGUUUUUCGCUGCAGAUGCGAAGAACCUGAAAUGGAGCUAUUUCUUUCACACUUAUCUACUUGGCCUGCGAAGGUAUAUCCUCCGGGAGAGUCUCAACAAUCUGGAACAAGCCAAGAAGAAGUAUUUAAAGCUUAAAAUAGCUCAUGGUUUUCUGCUUGGCUUCAUAUACUCUGUCUUUUUGGUAAUAAUUUAUUUUGUCUUUAGGAGAUUUUUGUUAAGGUGUGGAUUCUAGAAAAUUAGCGAUGUUUUGUAUUUUUAAUGUGAUAAGAAUACAGAAAAUAAUAAAAAAGAGGCACGAAUUUCAAAAACCCCGCACGUCGAAAAAAAUUAUACUGAUUGCGGCUCUGGAUGCAAA